AUGCCCAGGGCCAGGUCACGCGCCCAGCCCGGCGCGGACUCUGCCCCUGGCCGGGCUGCUCCGCGCGCUGGCAUGGAGCGCAUCGAGGGGGCGGCCGUGGGCCGCUGCGCGACCUCGCCCUACCUGCGGCCGUUCACGCUGCACUACCGUCAGAACGGCACUGAGAAGUCAUGGGACUUUAUGAAGACACAUGACAGUGUGGCCAUUCUCAUGUUCAACUCUUCCCAGCAGAGCCUGGUGUUGGUGAAGCAGUUCCGGCCAGCUGUGUACGUGGGCGAGGUGGAACGCCACUUCCCAGGGUCCCUGGCUGCUGUGGACCACGACGGAGGCCGGGAGCUGCGGGUGGCACUGCCUGGCUCAGCGGGGGUCACAUAUGAGCUGUGUGCGGGCCUCGUGGACCAGCCUGGGCUGUCGCUGGAGGAAGUGGCCUGCACAGAGGCUUGGGAGGAGUGUGGCUACCGCCUGUCUCCCUCUGACCUGCGCCAGGUCACCACCUACAAGACGCGACGUCAGGGUGAAGCCUGUCCAUGUGCUGAUGUGCUGCCCCUUGGACGCCCUCACGGGUCCCUGAGCCUGGUCUGGUGUGGGACUCACUGGCUCCAGCCAGACUAUGUUCUACGCAGAGGUGACGGAUGCCCAGCAGGACGGCCCGGGCGGGGGCCUGGCGGAGGAGGGUGAGCUCAUUGAGGUCGUGCACCUGCCCCUGGAUGGUGCCCGCGCCUUCGCGGAUGACCCAGCUGUCCCCAAGACCCUCGGUGUCAUUUUCGGCAUCUCGUGGUUCUUCAGCCGUGUGGCCCCUGGCCUGCGUCCCCAGUGAGACUCCAGGGGCCCGAGACCAAGGCUAGUUCUGGCCACUUGGCCUGCAGAUGAAAAUAAAGGCUUGUGUGGCUCUA